GACAAUAGAAGAGCACUACUUUACCGACUAAAAUUUAAAUGAUUUUUUAUUAAUUAUUUACAAUUUUUUCCCCAACAUGCCGCAUUAUUUGAAUAACAGAUUAGCAAUCUAUCAAAAUUUACAAUUACUUCACCUGUCAUCCUAUCUCCAACCUUAAAAUUUCCAAAAUUUUCAAUGGAUCAACUGGAAGAAAGCCAUUACUUCCACUUGCCGUCCCAAGGCAACAUUUACACAAUCACGCAUUUGGAGGCCGCUAAUUGCCCCCACAAAAUCCUGGUUGCUUCGCUCAAACGCGAUAUUUUUUGUAUAGAGUACCAGGAAUCAGGGGGCUGUCUCAUACCCACAACAAAGGAAGUCUCAUUCACUUAUAUCCCAAGCGGUGCUGAAAUUAUUUCAGUGGACGCUUUCAACAAAUCAGCAACGAAAAAUGAGUUCGUUAUAGGAAUUACAAUAAUUAAAAACAGCAAUUUGUUGGAUUCAUCGUUUGAAUAUUACUUAAACAUUUACUCAGAAUGGGAGGAGAGCGACGAUUUUAACAUCGACAACAUCGCUCAAAAUUGCCUAAACGUUGAGCUGAGCUUCACUCCUUAUCAGCUCACACAUACGGACCUCAUAAUUUGGGAAAAUGAGCAAAUUACGACCAAAGAAAUUGUCUUUUUGUUAUCAGGAAGCGACAAUCAGAUCCACAUUUAUCGGGAAUAUACCACCGACCACUUGUAUAAAGAGGUGGACAAGGAGUGCUUUCCCGAAUUUAUCAAAACACCAAGUCCUGUGGUCUGGAUUGAUAUUUACUACAACGACAAUUAUUCCCAACGAGUCACAGCAAUGGCAUGUGAGUGUGGAUACGUCCGACUGACUCAAGUUUGUGUUAAAACAAACAAACUCAGUUUUAAUUUCUCGACCAAACUGAAUAAUUACAUUUCACAUUUGCGGCUGUAUCCAGACGAGAAAUUAAUCUCUCUAGCCGAAAAACCGGUAAAUUGUGGCUUAAAUUUAGUCGUUGUUAACACAAUCUUGCCUCCAGUUUUAUUCCAAAACGUUCUAGUUUACGGGUUAAGUAAUUACGUCUCCUUGCCCCGACACGACUACACGUGUGUCUUGACUUGUUGCCAAGUCGCUGAUGUUGAUUUCGACGGAGAAAAAGAAAUCCUAGUCGGAAAUAGUUCAGAGGAAAUAAUGUUGUAUAAACGUGACCCUGACAAGGGCUGGUGCUUGGAGGAGUUAAAAAUGUUCGCUUCGCCUAUCAUCAGUAUGAAAUACGUGGACUUGAUCGAGGAUGGGGUUAAUGAGUUGGUGGUGUUGUCCAUGAAAGGAGUGCAUUUUCUACAACAUGAUUUUACACAUGUUGAUAGGGUUUUAAACGAAAAAAUAAAGCUUGUUAAUUUUUAAAUGCUGAAGGUGGGGUCUUUGACGACCACUAUUUUAUCGACUGAAGUUGAGAUAAAUUUUUACAUUUGAAA